AUGGCAGAUGAGAUGUUGCCAGCCUCCGAUGACGCUGUACCGGCGCAUCCGACAAAACCAGAAUCAGCUUCAGUGAAUGGAAACGAGGGUAACAUCUCUACAGACAGUUUGCAGAGUACAUCAGGCAAUGGUUCUGAACGCAAAAGGAAAAAGUGGCCAUCUGAUGAAUCUACUGUUGCAGAAAUGAUGCUCAAAGUGGCCAAAGUCUGGUUGGACAUGGAUCUGUCCAUCAUUGAAGGAGCCAAGACUGCCCAGUGGGAAGCCCUACUCCGUGUGUUGGAGAUAGAUGAUCUUUUCUUCAAAGGCAUUUAUUGGAAGACAAUCAGUUCCAAAUUUGAGGAAUACGUCAACAAGUUCAAGAAACAAAUGCGUCCUUGUUCAGGAGGUUUGGGCAAUGCAUCUGGUAAUGCUCGCCAGUCCUAUGGUGAAAGGGAGCAGGUUCAAACGAGCAUGAUCCGCUGUUGGAGGUGCUCUGAAUGCACGCUGACAUACCAUAUUCAUUGGGAAUGCGCUAUCCCCAUAUAG